CUGCCCAUCGCCCUAACCCGCCGAGCCCUAACUUCUCUCUCGUCACGUGCACUUCUCCCAGCUGGUCAAAAAAUUUCUGAUCCAACUGCCGCUGCCCUGCUACAUCAUCGAUAUCCAGCAACCACAAUGUCUGCCAAAGUGCGAUACUACCUCGAGCAGACGCUCCCCGAGCUCGAAGAGCUGCACAAACACAACAUCUUCUCCCGCCCCGAGCUCACCACAAUCACCCGUCGCCGAACAGACUUUGAGCACCGGAUCAACAACCGCGGCGUGACUCUGCUCGAUUUCCUCAAAUACGUCGAGUUUGAAAUGAACCUCGAUCUCCUGCGCAAGCGCCGCAUCCAGCGCGUCCUCGGCUCUACCAAGAAGAACAAAGACGGCGACGAGGACGAGGAGGACGCAGACGGGCUUUUGAUGAAGAAAGUAGGCGUCGCGGGAUGGUCUGGCCAGCAGCGCGUGCUCUUUGUCUUUGACCGCGCAACAAAACGGUUCCCAGGAGACAUCUCGCUCUGGACGCAGUACGCCUCCUACGCGAGACAGAUCAAGGCCCGCAAAGUGCUAAACAAGAUCUUCAAGUCGCUCGUCAAGCUGCAUCCUAUGAACCCUCAGAUCUGGGUUAUGGCCGCUGACCAUGAACUUCGCGAUAAUGCAAACAGAUUGGCGGCGAGAAAUGUGCUUUUGAAAGGAAUUCAGUUCAAUAAGGAUGCUAAAGUUAUUGCUGAUGCUUAUGAGAAAUUGGAAGCUGAUGUGCAAGCUGCUUUAGAAGCUGAGUUGAAGGCAAAAGAAUCUCAGCAAGAGGAGGAGGAAAGCGACGAAGAAGAUGAUGAUCAUAAUGAUGAAGAACAAGAAGAUGACGAAGAAGAAGAAGACGACGACGACGAUGACGACGAAUCAAACUAAAAGGACAACUCUUGCAUAUGGCGUUCGGGUCUCUUUA